UAAAAGGUCAUUCAGAAGUACAAUUUUAUGUUUGACCAGAACAUCUCAAACCUAAAACCUCUACAACAAAAGUCUUUGGAUGGUCUGAUGCGGCAAGAUGUAGUAGCCAUUUUACCAACAGGAUAUGGAAAAAGCUUGAUCUAUGAGCUACUACCAUUCUGGCAUUUCGAAGAGACGGGAAAACCUGCAAUUGUUCUUGUUCUAGAACCAUUGAAUGUAAUAAUUGAACAGCAAAUGCAGAAGUUGAAAGAAGUUUCUUUCUUUAUAGGCAACAGUCCACAUUCUGAAUUUGAUAAGGACAAAACCAUGUUUCUAUUUGCACACCCAGAAGCUGUUAUUGGUAAACCAGAAGUCUUCAAAUUCUUGCAAAGUCAAUCCACUUACAUGUAUGUAGCAGUUGACGAGGCUCAUUGUAUUUUGGACUGGGGACAUGAGUUUCGACCCAUCUUCCGUGACAUUAAACAAUUACGUGCUGUGAGGCCAGAUGCUAGGUUUUUAGCCUUGUCAGCAACUGUGUCAAUUAAUGGAAUAAGUGACAUCACAAAAUUCCUUGGUAUGGAAAACCCGCAAAUCAUUAAAACAUCACCAUUAAGAAGCAAUAUAUCUUUGAUUGUUCUUCCCAGACCAGGUAGAAAAGUUUCUACACAUGCCUCAUAUGACUAUGUAUUUGAAAAUAUAUUUGGUGACCUCAAAAAAAGGAAAGAGAAUUAUCCUGUCACUCUGAUAUACUGUGUUGGAAUCAACUGGGUUGGAUAUGGAUAUGAGGUCGCACAACGGAUACUCGGUGACGACAUGUUUGUAGGCAACAGAGAUGUUGAGAAUGCCAGAGUAGUGAUGUUUCAUUCAUCAGUUGGCAGAUAUGACAAGACAAAGGAAAUUAUAUAUAAAAAUAUUUCAAAGCAACCAGAUGAAUCACCUCUCCGCGUUGUGAUUUCUACCAUUGCUCUGGGUAUGGGGGCAGACCUUAGACAUGUUACAACAGUUGUCCAUGCAGGACCACCACAAAACAUUGAAGCAUAUAUUCAGCAAAUUGGAAGGGCUGGCAGAAGUGGCAUUGAGGCAGAGGGUGUACUUUACUUUAACAAUUCUGACGUAGGUAACCCUUCUGUAAAGAAAACUAUGAAAGAAUACUGCAGAAAUUUGACAGAGUGCCGUAGGAAAGUUCUGAACAGAUACUUUGGCUGCGAGGAUGAAACUGUUUCACACAACUGUUGUGACAUUUGCCAGCCAGAAUUGCAGCUGGUUUGGAAAUUCAUUGAAGUUCCAACUAGUAUUCAGAAGGCUGCUAUUCGGGAAAAAUUACUAAACCAUUUAUCAGAAUCAAAUUGUGUGAUUGAUACUCAUGUCAUAGAGAAAAUUGUGAAUGAAGCCCAUUUGUUUAGACAACCUAAUUCUCUUGUAUCGGACUUUGGUCUGAAUGUGGAGCUUUCGGAACAAAUAGCCAACAUUUUGGCUUCAAGUCUCUCCAUAUAGCAAUAACUGUUCAUGUAUGAGGAUGACAUCUGGCGACCAGGCACACAAGAAAAAGGCUGCAUGGGAAGAAGCGAAUGAAUGAUCAACUGUUCAUCCUCUAUUGAAGAAGGUAUUUUAUGUCUGCUUGCUCUGAUCAAUGUGUCAGAAGUUACAUCAAAUUGGUUUGUUAUGACCUUCAUUCCUGACAAAGCUGAUGUACGUUUCGCCAUUGUUUUUUCAGUUUUGUUUGAAUGUACUGCUUUUAAAUUGUCUUUUACCAGUCUAACUAUGUGCUCCAUUUGUAAAUCGGCACCAAUGCAAGUGUCUUCUUUUCCAGAAUUAUUCACAAACAGACCGUAGAAUGUCUCAUGUGCCAAUUUCACAUCCAUAGUAGAGAGUUGUUGACAAAGAAAUUUCAAAAUUUCCAGAGCAUACUUAGACUUCCAAUUAUGU